GCGCCGCAGCGAGGAGCCAUGGGCAACAUCUCCUCCAACAUUUCGGCCUUCCAGUCCCUUCACAUCGUCAUGCUGGGCUUAGACUCGGCCGGCAAGACCACGGUGCUUUACCGGCUCAAGUUCAACGAGUUCGUGAACACGGUGCCCACCAUCGGCUUCAACACCGAGAAGAUCAAGCUGAGCAAUGGCACGGCCAAGGGCAUCAGCUGCCACUUCUGGGACGUGGGUGGCCAGGAGAAGCUGCGGCCGCUGUGGAAGUCCUACAGCCGCUGCACGGACGGCAUCAUUUACGUGGUGGACUCUGUGGACGUGGACCGGCUGGAGGAGGCCAAGACGGAGCUGCACAAGGUAACCAAGUUCGCCGAGAACCAGGGCACGCCGCUUCUGGUCAUCGCUAACAAGCAGGACCUGCCCAAGUCGCUGCCGGUGGCCGAGAUCGAGAAGCAGCUGGCGCUGCACGAGCUCAUCCCGGCCACCACCUACCACGUCCAGCCAGCGUGCGCCAUCAUCGGCGAGGGCCUCACCGAGGGUAUGGACAAGCUGUAUGAGAUGAUCCUGAAACGCAGGAAGUCUCUCAAGCAGAAGAAGAAGCGGUAAUGCACCCGGCAGCGUUCAGGAGCGAGGGGGAGCGAGCUAGCAAGGCAGGUCCCUGUGGAAAUGUCAUUUGUCCUGCUCUGGACCCAAACCAGGUGUUGGUUUGGAACAUCAGAGGACUGCCUGGGACAAUGAGUCAGCUGGAGAGCACCCUGUGCUGCUGGCCUUGGCUGGGAAUGGCCACGAAGAUGCCCUCUGUCCUCGGGUUUGUGGUGGCUGCAGAAGACCGGUUUUGUCCUGGAAUGAGACCUCAUCCAGAUGUCUUGGACCUUGUCCAUGUGUAGGUCAUUAUCACACAAAGAGACCAAUAAAAAAAAAAAAAAAAACUGUUGGAGGUGGUGGCAAAUGAUGCAUUUACUGUUUGCAGGAUAGUUAAAGGUGUUUAAAGGGCAAGACUUGGCAUAAAUGCUGGGUGGAGGGUGGGCAUGGAUACAGGGACCUCCCCCUGUCCUGUCUAAUCAGCAUAAGUACCUAGACCCAUAUGUAUGGAAUUUUAAAUCCUCACCCUACUGAUUGGUUUGGAUGAGCACACCAGCUACAGAUAUGUGCUGAAUUACAAGAUGGGUUUUUUUUGCAAGGAUUGUCUCUUGUAACACUAACCGCAUGGUGAUGGGUUUUCAGACAUGUUUAAAAAAAAAAACUUUUACACAUGAGUACUCACCUUAGAAUUAUUCACCCUGGCGGGGGGGAAGACUUUUCUCUGCCCUUUUAUGUCCCUUUAUGCUGCAAGUUGUGACAUGUUCAGAUUUCUAAUUUGGUUCAUUGUGGCCUAUCUGGUUUCAGUAUUUCAUUCAAAAUGUCUCGUUAGAGUAUUUGAUGUUAUGCACCAAAAAAUAAAACCCCACCUUGUUGUAAAACCUGACCUCCUUGCAUGGAUUUGAAAGCAAAGGAUGAAAUCCUAGGGAAUUCAUUCUUGUGGGAACUGGCCUUGUAGCCAGCCAGCACUUUGGGCAAAUGCAAACCACAAUGAGUGCUUGAGAUGAAAGGAGGCAUGUGACAGAAGGGUCACUGGUACUCAGGCACUAUACAGUUUACUUGAAAGAGGCUUUGGAAAAUAGAUAAAGUGGAAGAAGAAAUACCUAUUUUUAAUAAUGUAAUUUUAAAAAUCCUUUAUAAUCAGUACUGGAUCUUGGCUUGCAGAAGCAGCAACUGUUUUGAUUUUUAUGUCCUCUCUGUAUGUAUGUUUUCUGGUAGAAUUUUUAUUUUCUCCCAUGGUUACACAUUUCUUUGCAAAGGAGGUUGGUAGGAAUUGUUCUUGGUCAUGCUGGAGCAUGGAGUUGGUCCCCUUGUGAGCUCAUACCUACUGUCCACUAUGCUCUGGAAGUCUCUCUAAGAACCAGAGGCAGAAGUCCUGACUUCCUGUUUGAAACCCAAUUCUUAGAGGAUUUUUUUUUUUUAAAGCAGAAAUCUAGCAGCCCAUCCUCCUUUCCUCUUGGUGUAUUUGGUACCCCUCCAAUGCUGGUCUUUUUGUAGAAACUCAGUAGAGAAAAUAGAGCUAAGCCGUGAUGAAAGCCUGCAAGAUCUCAGUUUAUGUAGUGACAGCAAAUCCCCCUCCCCCCUUCUCAAUGGGCUGGUCCCAUCAGCUGAAGAUUCUGUAUAGAGUUAUUAAAAAAAAAAAUCCAUCUUCCUUUAUUUUCUUCACAUGCAGCAAUUUCUUAAGCACUUUGACAUUUUGGUAGUUCCACACUAUUGAGAGAAUAAUAUAUUUAUUUUGUGACAUUGCAGAUGCCAAAUACUGUAACCUUGUCGUGCUGACAAUACCUGGGUUCCAGGUCACUGUUCAGAUCCUGUCCUGCUUUUUAACAGUGAUGCAGGAUGGCUUUGUUGUUUGCAUUAUCAAUACUUAAGGGUGCAGUCAGCUGUUAGUAAUUGUGCAGUAAAGUCAAGCCCUGUGGUGUAUCAAGGAAUAGUUAAGAGUCUCUAGGUUGAUUUCUGUACUGUGUGACCUAAUAAAGCCCAUUUCAGCUCUGACAACAGAGGAGGCGGGGACAAUCACCAUGGGGUGGCCCCUGGGGGAGGGAGUCCAUCCAUGAUUGGUUAUGCCUUCUGCCCUUUGGAGACUGAAUGGGUUUUACAUAAAGGAAUUUGGCCUCCCCAAAGAGAGCUUUUGAAAUGUUUUCUGAUAGACACAUGGAGGCCGGUUUUGUUUUAGAGUAAUUCUCCACAAAUUCUCUGUGGUGGUGUUGGGACUGUGUCCCGUGGUUUCAGUUUUCAACUCUUCUGCUGUAAUUCUCUGUCUUCUUUGUUUCCAUCUCCUUUUAUAAUGCACAUAUGAUGCUGUGAACAGAAAUAAAUUAUUU